AAUCAUUCGAGGAAAGAGUGAUCUCUGGCUAGGAACACUUGAGGAAGGACAGAACAACAGAAAACAAGCCCUGCUGCACUUCCCCAUCCAUUUCAAUAUUGUGCAUGGCAGCUGAUGGCAAAGCUCUUGUUCCCUUGCGUCAGAAGAUAAGGAAGAAAAGUCAAGGAAUUUGUGUAAUGAGCCGCCGAAGGAUCUCUUGUAAGGACCUGGGAUUUGCUGAUUGCCAGGGAUGGCUAUACAAGAAGAAGGAAAAAGGAGGCUUUAUUGGCAGCAAAUGGAAAAAGUUCUGGUGUGUACUGAAGGGUUCGUCAUUAUACUGGUACAGCAAUCAGCUGGCCGAGAAAGCCGAAGGAUUCCUCAGCCUUCCAAACUUCACAGUGGAUAAAGCGAUAGAAUGCAAGAAAAAGCAUGCUAUGAAGAUCAUCCAUCCACAGAUCAAGACAUUUUAUUUUGCAGCAGAGAAUGUGGAAGAAAUGAAGAUAUGGCUAAAUAAACUAGGUAUGGCUGUCCUUGAGAAACAAGCCAGUAAAAAGAAUGAAGAAGAGUGCUACAGUGAGAGCGAGCAUGAAGAAAUAGAUGCGGAGAUGCCACCCCCUCCAUAUUCAGACCAGCCACUGCCACCUCAUUCUGACCAGGAAAAGCCUUCCUUGACAUCCCAUGUAUCAAGUGAAGUAUCAUGUUCUUUAUCCUCACCAGAAAGCACUAUGAAGUCACAAGGAUCCUCUUCUUCCUCAUUGUCCAAAAUAUUGUAUCCAGAGAAACAAUCAUGGCCAGACCUUGUUAACAGCCCUUUUCCUGGGGAAGAAGUGGGCAGCCAAUCUUUAGCUGUGUCUGGUGACUCUCAAGAAACUGAUCUUCUAGUGACAGACUGUUACAAAACCAUGGAAAGUGGUCACGUCAAACCUGAAUGUAACUUUCAGAUCUCUUUAAGUGAAGAUGCAUCUUCAUUUGGUAAUGACAAGGAUAACAUGGAUGUGCCUAGAAAAACAGCAGAACAUGGGAAGUGCUCAGAAGACGAAAUGGAGAAACUUUACAAGUCCCUAGAGCAAGCAUGUUUAUCUCCCAUUGGAGACCGGCGACCUUCUACUAAAAAAGAGUUGAGAAAAUCCUUCAUCAAAAGGAGCAAGAACCCAUCAGUUAAUGAGAAACUCCACAAAAUCCGAGCACUGAAUAGUACAUUAAAGUGUAAAGAACAUGACCUGGCCAAGAUUAACCAGUUACUGGAGGAUCAUCAGCUAACAGCAAGGAAGUACAGACACUGGAAGAAUACAAAUAGCAUCUUGAUUCAAGAUAUCUACCAACAGCAGGAUGUUCUUAAUGUGUCUGAAGGAAAUAUCAAGGAACAAGAGGCAAUACCGCAACCUUCUUUCAUCGAAAGUACUAUCUGAGAACAGUGAACUGUGUGGUCUCUUCCCCACUGUUUCUCUUCAUUUACAAAUAGUUUAAGCUGCUACAUAUUCAGGUUCUGUUUUUCUAAUAGCCGAUCAUUUACUAAAAUUGAAAGCUCAACCUGUAUUAUUUCCUAUCUCAAUAUUCCAUGAAGAUAGAAGUCCGAGCUCAUAACAAUACUAGCCCUUGGUAAAGCUUUGAGGGGAAAAUGUAUCUGGUAGGUGUGAAUCAGAUAUCUAUUUUUUAAAAUGGCUGACUUCCAUAGCAGGAAUAUUUAAGAAAGCAGAGUACCUGGAUAUUUGUAUUUUAAAAGAAUAUGUACAUAUAAUGUAAAUAAGAAGUUUUAGGUUAUUUUAAACUUUGCUGACAGAAGCACAAUCUUAAAUUGUAAAAAUGCUACAUUUUGCCAUAACUUGUCUUUAAAAGAAAGCUUCCAAUAAAAAUGUUAAUCCUU